CUAUUGUCCUUCAGUUGUGGAUAAGGAAUAUCUGCCAAAACCAAUGAUUCAUCUUUCUAUUACAAGAGAAAAAAAAAGAAAAGAGGGGUGGUGAUAUGUAGAGCUAGCUUGUGACUUGUUAGUAGAGAGAGAAUACAAGUUACUGUACUUAGUGAAUGGCUCCAGCAACUCCGAGGGUGGUGGUGAAAGUGGAUUUGAAGAAGAAGCCAUGGGAGCAGAAUCAGCCUCUGCAUAACAGGUGGCAUCCUGAGAUACAACCAGUUGGUGAGGUAAAGGCUGGUGAGUUCUUUAGGGUGGAAAUGGUUGACUGGACGGGAGGUGCAAUCAAAGAUGAUAGCUCUGCUGAGGAUAUCAAGAGCCUAGACCUCUCUACUGUUCAUUACCUGAGUGGACCAAUCAAAGUUGUGGAUGAGGAUGGUGUUGCAGCCAAGCCAGGUGAUCUUCUUGUUGUUGAGAUAUGCAACUUAGGUCCUUUACCUGGAGAUGAAUGGGGCUUCACAGCCUCGUUUGAUAGAGAGAACGGUGGCGGUUUCUUGACUGAUCAUUUCCCAUGUGCCACCAAAGCUAUUUGGUACUUUGAAGGGAUCUAUGCCUACUCUCCUCAAAUUCCUGGAGUAAGAUUCCCAGGUUUGACACACCCAGGAAUCAUUGGGACUGCACCAUCAAAAGAACUUUUGAGAAUAUGGAAUGAAAGGGAAAGGCAACUAGAAGAAAGUGGUCUCAGUUCCCUAACACUGUGUGAGGUUGUGCAUCAGAGGCCACUGGCAAACCUACCACUAGCUAAAGGAUGCCUCCUAGGGAAUAUGGAAGAGGGAACAGAGGAAUGGGAAAGGAUAGCAAAGGAGGCAGCAAGAACAAUCCCAGGUAGAGAAAACGGAGGAAACUGUGACAUUAAAAACCUAAGCAGAGGCUCUAAAAUAUAUCUUCCAGUGUUUGUGGAAGGUGCUAACUUAAGCACCGGUGACAUGCAUUUCUCUCAAGGUGAUGGUGAGAUCUCUUUCUGCGGAGCCAUUGAGAUGAGUGGCUUCCUAGAACUCAAGUGUGAAAUCAUAAGAAACGGAAUGAAGGAGUACCUUACACCAAUGGGACCAACCCCUCUCCAUGUGAACCCGAUAUUCGAGAUAGGUCCUGUGGAACCGAGAUUCUCAGAGUGGCUCGUCUUCGAAGGUAUCAGUGUAGAUGAGAGUGGGAGACAGCAUUACCUUGACGCAACAGUAGCUUACAAAAGAGCGGUUCUCAAUGCCAUAGACUACCUAUUCAAGUUUGGUUACUCGAAAGAACAGGUAUACCUGUUACUCUCAUGUUGUCCAUGCGAAGGGAGGAUAUCUGGGAUAGUAGAUUCUCCAAACGCAGUUGCUACACUUGCAAUACCAACUUCCAUCUUCGACCAGGAUAUACGGCCAAAGACUCGAAAGGUUCCAGCAGGACCUCGGAUAGUGAGGAAACCAGACGUUAUGAAGAGCACAUAUGAUGGAACACUUGCAACUACAAGGAAUCCAAGUUCUUCAUCAGGAGAAGGGCCUUCAAGGAGUGGGUAACUUGCUAGACAAGUCUUUCUAGAAAGAAUAAGGAAUAAGUGACGUGGCUUGCAUAGUGAUAGGGAGCAGGUGCACGUGCAAUACGAAAUCUAUUCUAGUUUUAUCAUGUUCUUUGAGAAUUGUUACCCUGAUCGUAACAUCUUCUUCUUCUAGUAUUGUAGCUAACACUUAGUUUUCUGCUCCUUUAUUCACUAAUGCAUCAAAAAGCUUCAAUUUUUACCCUAAA